UACAAAAUUGAAAUAGGCAUUCAAAUUCAAUAAAUCAUUCACAAAACAAAUAAUGUCAUCAAACAUACUAAUCAAAAGAUCAUACAAAAUAUCAUCUUCAAUUCUAUCUCAUUUCACAAAAUCCAUUUCCACACUUUCCCAAUUUCCAUUAAAUCCCCAAAUUAACAAUAAAUUACAAAAUCAUGCACCUGGGAAUGAACCUUUUUCCAAGAAUUCAUCUGGGUUUGUUUCAUUUUUGCAUAAAGGUUUGAUCUUUUCAUGUGGGUCUAUUUCGAACAACGAUAAAAGGCGGUUUUUUGGUAGUCAAGUAGCUGCAGAGCCAUGUACUUCUGAUGGACUAACUGUUGAUGACAUUGUUAAUAGUCAAUGGACUAUUCUUGAUGAAAGUGAGAGUGAUUGGAAGAGUCAUGCUUCUGCAAUUGCUCAGUCGAUUCGAUUGAUCAAGAAACGGUUGCAGUGGAAGAAGUUACAAGUAAGGUUGGAGUUGCUCUCAUUUCAAUUGGAAAAGCCAGACCUGUGGGAUGAUCCUGUCCAUGCUGGGAAAAUAAGUCGUGAACAUGGCUCACUCAUGGGUAAAAUGAAGGAAGUUAAUGGACUUGAGAGAGAAUUAAUAGAGCAUAUUGACAUGAUCAAGCUUGCUCGUGAAGAGGACGAUCCUGAUAUGGAAUCUGAAUCGAUUAAAGCACUCUUGCAGAUGAGACAAGGCGCGAAAGAAAAGGAGCUUGAAGCUUUGCUAGCCGGGGAACAUGAUUCUUGCUCUUGUUACAUAGAGGUUCAAUCCGGGGCAGGUGGCACUGAGAGCAUGGACUGGGCAGGUAUGGUGAUGCAAAUGUAUAUAAUGUGGGCCCAACGCCGUGGAUAUAGAGUCACAAUUGUGGAUGAAAUGCGUGGUGAGGUUGCAGGAAUUAAGAGAGCAACUAUUAGAGUAGACGGUGAAUACGCAUAUGGAUAUGCAAAAGCAGAAGUAGGAGCUCACCGCUUAGUACGCAUCUCACCUUUUGAUAGUGCCAAGCGCCGGCACACUUCAUUUGCUGCAGUUGCUGUAACCCCUAUCUUAGGUGAUGGAUCUCACCAUGUUCAGAUUAAUGAAUCGGAUCUAAGAGUAGAAAGAUACCGAUCAGGGGGGGCAGGAGGCCAGCAUGCCAAUGUUACCGAUAGUGCUGUACGGAUAACUCACAUACCUACUGGAAUCACCGCUUCUUGCCAAAACGAAAGGUCACAGCAUCAGAACAAGGCCUCUGCAAUGGAGGUACUACAAUCACGGUUGGAUCAGCGGGAGAUGGCUCGCCAAGCUCAGAUGAAUGCGCAAUAUACACAGUCUUUAACAGACAAUAGCUGGGGCAAUCAAAUACGUUCAUAUGUACUCCAUCCUUAUCGGAUGGUGAAGGAUCUUCGGACCAAUUUUGAGGUUUCAAACACUGAUUCUGUACUUGAAGGUGAAAUUGACGACUUCAUUUUGAGCUUUCUAACUGCGUCAAUGGAUAAAGAAAAUGAAGAGGUAUAAGAUACGGGUUCAAACUCCACAUCUUUAUUGUUUGCAUUGUGAAGAUACAUUGAUACCAAGAUAUCUAUAGUGGUGGCCCAUGGCUGGCCUUUUGAUCUAAUGAAACGGGAGUAGUUUAUUGGGGUGAUGGAUAGAGAGAAUCUAUGGCUAUUUGUCCUCUUAGUUAGAUAUUUGUUUUAAAGGAAUGCUUCAUUUGUUCGGAUGUGUUAAUUGAAUAACAUGAAGCAAAUAAUCAGCUGUAAUACAAGAUAUAGGAUAUAGUGAUCAAAUAUGUUUAUGUUGUUUACCA